CUUGCAUUUGCCCCGCCUUUUUUCUCUCUCCUUUUCUUGUCUCUAUCACCUUUUUCCCAUUCACUCUCCUCACUCUGUUAACCCAAAAACCCAUGAAUUAAAACCACUCUUCACUUCCUCCCCUGGAUGCGAAAACCCACCUGAAUUUGAGGGUUUCAUGUAAUGCUGGGCUUGAAUCCACACUUCUAUUCUUUGUCCUUUUGAUUUUCCCGAGAAAAUGACUGUCAUGGGUAGGAAUGUGCUGGUGUUGGCUCUCACUCUUCUGGUUUUGUUUGGUGGUGUCUCUUCAGCUUCAUAUACUUCUUCACCUGCAAAGAUUGUUAGUGGGUUUCUCUCAAAUAUUCUCUCUGUUAUUAUGAAAUGGCUGUGGUCACUCAAAGCUACCACAAAAACAGCAAUUUCUGGCCGUCCGAUGAUGAAGUUUGAGAGCGGGUACACUGUUGAGACUGUGUUUGACGGAAGUAAGCUUGGGAUUGAGCCCCACUCUGUUGAGGUAAUGCCCAGGGGGGAGCUUCUGGUGUUGGACUCUGCUAACAAUAAUCUUUACAGGAUCUCUACCCCUCUGUCUCAAUAUAGUAGACCGAGGCUGGUUGCUGGAUCUGCCGAAGGAUACUCCGGACAUGUCGAUGGGAAGGCCAGGGAGGCCAGGAUGAGCCAUCCAAAAGGGCUCACCGUGGAUGACAAAGGAAACAUUUACAUUGCAGACACCCUGAAUAUGGCAAUCAGGAAGAUAAGCGAUGCAGGGGUAACAACAAUUGCAGGAGGUAAAUGGGGUCGUGGAGGGGGGCAUGUAGACGGGCCAAGUGAAGAUGCAAAAUUUUCAAAUGAUUUUGAUGUGGUUUAUAUUGGAAGCAGUUGCUCCCUUCUUGUCAUAGACAGGGGAAACCAAGCAAUCCGGGAGAUCCAACUCCAUUUUGAUGACUGUGCUUAUCAAUAUGGAAGUGGUUUCCCUCUGGGAAUUGCAGUGCUCGUAGCAGCUGGCUUCUUUGGCUAUAUGCUGGCAUUGCUGCAACGCAGGGUUGGUACCAUGGUGUCUUCUGAUAAUAACACAAUGAAAACAAGCAUGUCCCCGAGUCCAUAUCAAAAGCCUCCAAUGGUCAGGCCGCCACUGAUUCCAACUGAAGAUGAACAGGAAAAGCAAGAAGAAAGCUUCUUUGGAUCUGUUGGAAGGCUGCUCAUCAAUGCUGGAGCAUCUGUUGCGGAAAUCUCUGGAGGAAUAUUUCCAGGGUUUAGAAGGAAGCCACUGAAGUAUCAAUAUCACAAUCAACAGCAAUACCAGCCACAGCAGCGUUAUUCAAAUACUUGGCCAGUGCAAGAGAGCUUUGUAAUACCAGAUGAAGACGAGCCUCCUGCUAUUGAAACCAGGACCCCUACUCCGCGUAAAACAUAUGCAUUCAUGUCCAAGGAUGCUGAAAAAAUGCAACAGCUCCGGCAGAGCAGAUCUUUCUACAGUGGAUUGGAUGGAGACUCUCAGCAACCGCAGCAGCAACAAACACAGAAGCAUCAGCAUCAGCGACAAACACAGAAGCAUCAGCAUCAGCAUCAGCAUCGUUAUUAUUCAUCCACACCACAAACUUACUACCAGCAAAGCUCUGAGAAAACUAAUGAGAUUGUGUUUGGAGCAAUUCAGGAGCAAGAUGAGCAGCGCGAAGCUGUAAAAAUAAAGCCUCUGGACCAUGGGAAUCCCGUUUAUGAUUGUCCUAAUAUUCGCUCUCGAAUCAGCUCCGCGGGGUAUGCCAAUGGCCAUUGAUCAUAUACAUAUAAUAGAUUUUGGUUUUCUAGAUUUGUUCCAUCUCAGAUAGAUGGCAUUCAAAACUUGGAUAUAGCAGGUAUUAAAAUAUAAUGUUGGAGAGUGGAAUGAUUUACUGGAGCAGCUCUGGUGAUGUUCUAUGUGUUGCUUAUUAGCCAAAACAUUAGUUGUCUUCAGGAAAGAAAUAGAAGUCAUUUGUAAAGUUUUUGGGCUGUUCUUCUCUCUGGUGUUCUGUUAAGUUCCAC